CACAGAGAGGAGUGGAAUUUUUCCUUUCCUGUACAAGUGAAGUUUAGUGUUGGGUUAGUUCAUAGGUAGUAGUUGGUUAGUGCGUUUCUUAGGUAUAUCGAAUGGCGAUUUGAUUUCUAUAAUUUCGGGUAGAUUGAGAACUCGUGUAAUAAUUAUUCUAAUUCGACCGUGUUUUGUUUUUUAUUUUUAUAUUGUGUGCAUUUCGUUAAUAGUGACUUCGAUACUUCGAAUUCAUAUCGGGCUAGAUGUUUUUCUUAUCUUUUCGCUAAUUUGUGUUCGCGUAAUUAUGGUGAAUAUUGAGACAACAGUGUACUUGUGUGUUUUCGAUCGACAGAUUGAACGAAUUCAGAUACGAUCUAAAGAAGACAUGAAAAAAAUGACAUAGUGAUGAAGUCGGACUCGUUGUUGUAUUUGGUAACGGCGUGUUUGGUGACGACGGGGGCGAAAGAAAGCGCGGCUGCGAUAAGUAAUAAUCAAAUCGUACAGCAAUGCCCGCCGAGCUCGGAGAUAGACCCGUGUACGUGUACGGUGAAGAAAAACGGGCUGGAUAUAUUAUGCGAAUUCACCGAUCUGCAACAUAUUUCGCGCGCCAUGACUACGCUAAAAGGCAAACCGUCUCUAAUAAUAUUCUAUCUCAAACUGAGGCAUAACAAUUUACCAAAAUUGCAAGGUUUCGUGUUUCUGGGGAUGGACAUAAGGCAUUUAACCAUUCACAAUUCCAGCCUAGCCGUCGUAGAAGAAACCUCUUUGAGCUCUAUCGGUAAAAAAUUAACGCAGCUCGACCUGUCUCAAAAUUCGCUAACCGUCGUACCCAGCCAAGCGUUGAAAAAUCUAGACCAUCUGUUAAUUUUGAACCUGAAUCAUAACAAGAUCAACGCCGUACAUGGGAAAGCCUUCGACGGCAUGGGUACUUUGGAAAUACUAACCCUGUACGAGAAUAAACUAACCAACAUCGAAACCGGAGCAUUCAUGGGAAUUGGAAAGAAACUGAAAAGACUCAAUAUCGGAGGCAAUGACCUUACUCGAGUACCCACUGGCGCGUUGCACACUUUGGAAAGCCUAAAAAAGCUGGAAAUCCAGGAAAACCGAAUUGUCGAGCUCAGAGAAGGUGAUUUCCAGGGCAUGAAAAAUCUGGAUAUGUUGAUAUUAGCACAUAAUCAGCUGAAAUACAUUCCGGCCAAAGUGUUCGCCAACUUGACCGUUCUGAAUUCGCUCGAAUUAGAUGGUAAUCAUAUUAUCAGUCUGGACGAGGAAGCGUUUUACGGGCUCGAAGAAAACCUGCAGUAUUUGCGAUUAGGAGAUAACAAUCUGCACGAGAUACCGAGCAAUGCCCUGAGAAGAUUACAUAAACUUCGUCAUUUGGAUCUUAGAGCGAAUAACAUAUCGUUCAUAAACGACGACGCGUUUACUGGAUACGGAGAUACUAUAACUUUUUUGAAUUUACAAAAAAACAACAUUAAAACACUGCCAGCUUUAGCAUUCGAGAACCUAAACUCGUUGGAGAUACUGAACUUGCAAAACAACAAAUUGACUUUUUUGAACGAAGAACCCAUCGAGCCGAUAUUAGAUACCUUAAGAACGAUCGAUGUAUCCGAUAAUCCGUUGAUAUGUGAUUGCGGUUUAACGUGGUAUCAAGAUUGGCUACUCAAUAAACGCAAUAAAGACGACGAAACUAAUAUGAAGAAACGUACCAUUUGCAGUAUGCCAAAUGAGCAUAGAGAAUACAACAUACAAAAACUACCAGUGGACAAAAUGAAAUGUCUAGUUCGAAACGGCGGUUUCCAAUCAACAACCGGAAUAGCAACAGCGAUCAGUGCAUCAAAAUUACUACCGUGGUUGGCAACUUCAGCGGUUAUGCGUUGUUUCUGAACAAGAAAAACCAUAAACGAAGAAAAAAGAAUUAUCAUCAUUAAAAAGUAUAAGUUCAUCGAAUGAAAAAGUAAUACCUUUUUAUAAUCGCAUUUGAAAAUUGUUAUUUAUAUAAGUAAAAACGAAAGUAUAUGUGAUACAUUUACGUAUAAAAAUCUAUUAUCUAUUUUAUACUUACCUUCAUGGAAAACAACAUCCAAAAUAAUACCUAGGGUACGGCGCUUUCAUUUUUUUCCCAGUUCAUGAGCAUGAAUAAUAAAGAGCGACAAAAAAAACAUGUGGUUGAUUGAAACGUGUGUAUAAAUUGGUGUAUUGUUUUGGUCUUGAAAAUAUGUACUUUUGUGAUUAAUUAUAAUUUUCUAAGUUUUAUUUUCCAGCUACAAAAGCUGUUUGAUUGCUUUGAUAAAAAGUACCUACCUAUUUUAUGUUAUUUAAGAGCACCAAUUUUAAGAAUUAUUGCACCAAUUAUUUUUAAGAUUUAUUUUUCAUUUCGCUUAAUUACCGUCGGGAACUGUAGUAAGGCUUUCCAAAGGUUUAAGCUUAGCUUCUCGGCUCCUGUUCUUCAUUUAUGAACGGAAUAUAGGUCCCUAUUUUGUAAUGAGCCGAAGGCAUUCUUGAAUGAUUUUAUUUGAAAGUGAGGGAAGUGCCUAUAUUCGGAACUAAUCAACACUCGCUUGAUUAGGCUGAUGAGAAUUUUUUAAUAAGAUCAAUGAUCAUAGAAAAAAGGAAAGAGUCUAUAAAGAUUGUUGUACAUUUUUGAUUUUUUUUUUAAUCAAAUAAGCAAAAUGAAUACAUAAGUUAAUUUGUAAGAAAAAAUCUUGAAAAACGGAAUUGCCAGGAACAAAAUAGUACUUAUGCAAUAGUUUUUCGUAAUUCCCAUUUUUUUUUCUAGUUAGUCUUUGAUGCAUUUCCUGAAUAAUUUAAUAAUUCUCAUUCAUCAGAUCAAUGAACUCUAAACCUAUUUAUUAGAAUUUUUGAAAAAAAUUUCUCGUUUCUCUGAAUAAUAAGUAGCUACCUGGCUUUAUUACUUUACAAACUUAUUUUCUGUUCAUUGUAGGUACGCAAAUACAUUAUAUAGGGUGCCCAGCAGAAUCGAGCAUAGCUAACGAGAAUUUUUGUGAGGAGAUGUAAAUUGGCAGCGCUGAGCCGUAUCAAAACCCGUAGAUCAAUGCCACCAACCCACACUUCGCCGCAAAAAUUCUCACCAAGUAUGCUCGAUAUUAUUGAGGAUCUUUUAGGGUACUCUUACGAGUACAAAUACCAUAUCUAUUUUUGUCGAUUUACCUGCCUAGUGCCUGUAAUGCCUACGUACAUGAAAUGUAAGUACGUAAAUGUCGUCAAUGAGUUUUGUUUUGUUUCAUUUUAAUUUUAAAGUAAGGCGCAGUUACCAUGUUUCAUUACUUGAUGUUGAAAAAAAUUCCAAGAGGGCGAGAAAGGUGAUUAUUACCUAACGAAACAUAUCUGAAUACACAUAUCAUUUUAUCAUUCAUAAUAAUUAAGUUGUAAGUAUCUAUUUGUUUUUAUAUGUGAAAAAUAUUCUAUGUUACGAAUGACGAAGUCCAUUACUUAACACAUACAUAUCAUAAGACAUAUCAAGGAGAACCUAUUUUUUACCCGUUAGCACUUUUUAUCUUUGUUUUGUUUUUUGUUUUUUCCCUUUUUGUAAUAAUUAUUUGUAUCUGUAUUUUAGUAUAAAUUUACUUAACUGCGGAUUGAUUUUCGAUAUUUUUUCCCCAAUACUUACUGUAAUGUACCUACCUAUUAGUAUGGUUUUUUAAAAACCAUCACCAGAUUUACCUAUUUUCCGGUUUAGAAAGAAUAAAAUGAAAUACAUCAGCGUAUUUGAGUAUGUAUUAAUAUUUGGAAAAAGGAAUAAACAAGUUGGCUUGAAUACAUAGAAACUGAAAUGCUCAAUAUUCGUUUUAUUCAAAACACGCAUGAGAAAAGUUUGAUGAACUCAAUAAUAAUUUCCUACUUUCAUUGAAAAAUUUUGUAAAUUAAUCUGCAGUUUCAACAUCGUGUUUUAAUUCUGUUUUAAAGCAUAGUUGCCUUGAAUGUGAAUUCUCUUCGUUUUUUCUUUUAAUUACAUUCCUAAACGAUA